AAUACCGAGCUAUAUUUAGUCCUUUCUCUAUGCAAUUAUAGCGUAUUUUUAAAUAUAUUUUACGUUUUUGAUUAGUUACUCUUGGCGUGGCGCUACACAACUGGAACGAAUUGCUGCCUGACAAGCGAAGCUGAGGAAAAAAAUAACCCUCUUGCCAUUCGGCCUUAAACUUUUCCCCGCCUUCACUCCUUCGCUUGCUUCCGUUAAACAUGGCGACACAGGAGACAGUAAACAACGACAAAACUGAUGUCGAGUCUGUUGUCAACCGCUGGCUGGUGGAUUAUUACUUUUUUCGCUCCUUGGACGCGUUUAAAAAGGGGCAAUACCGGGAUUUCUGUCGCCUUGGAGACGUACUUAACAGUGUCUUGGUAUGUCCCGUAGAGCUCACUGAUGUCAUGCCAACAAAGAUUCAAGUAUUGGAGUUUCUCUCCCACAUAAAUGAGGGUGAAAAACUCGACCUGUCAUUUGAGUCAGAUUCAUCAACAGCUCCUCUGGAAUCAGCCUUAAUGUUGCUGGAACACAUGAACCAGAAACUCAGCAUACGACAGCAGGAUUUUGAAAAUGCACAUGAUUCAAUUGCAGAGAUGAUUGUGGCGAUUUUCAUUAAGAACAGCAAAUUUGACAGAGCAGAAGAGAUACUCAACAAACACUUUCCCAAACCAAUGGUUGGCAAGAAAGCUAUAUUCAAGGGUCUCAUCAAUCGGAAGAGUAAAAUCCAUGACGUCAUCAAGCAAAUUAACUACCAAAGGUUCCGGGAGGAGAUGCUGGCUUUUUGCCAGGGGCUCUUUCAGUCCACUGUUCCCUUUCUCUACAAGGCUGCAGAACAGCUUAUUGGUCAAAGACGUGUGGAGCAAGACGACAAAGUAGCUGGAACUGAUGAGCAAACCAAGCCUGGCCCGUCCUCUAAUCUCCAAGGAAAUGUUAUCCAGUCUGUAGCUCAUAAAUGUUCAGUUAUCCAGAGGGUCAGGCUAGAAGCAGCCUACAAAGCCUUGGGUGCAGCUACAGAAAACAGAACAUUCGCUCAGUUGGAGGAAGAUGUGGAGACAGAGGAGCAGGAAAGAGAGAAUCUUGGCUUGCUACACCCAGCUGAUCCCAAGACGGGCACUAACCUGGACUCGCAGCAAGAAGGGCAGUUUCUGAGAGAUUCGGGCAGCCCCAUGGAAGCUUCUCCAGCAGACCAACCACCACAAACAGAUGCUGUUCCUGAAACGCAAGCAGGUUCACUCUCAAACACACCCUCUGUUCUGUGGAGCGGCCAGCUCUACACUGUGCCUCGGCUGGUGGUCGAACCAGACAGUCAAGUAAGCUCUCAGUGCACAACAGAUUGUCAGGAACAAGGGACGGAUGUCAGAGCUGAAGAGUCACCACAGAGCCUGGCUACAUCCAAUAAAAAAGACCUGCAGUGCACAGUUCCAGACAGAGAAGUUGACAUACCCGUACGAAAGUGCCCCAGACGAGCCAAGAGAGCACACUGCAGAGCUUCAACUAGUGCGGCUGAUCUGUCAGCAGACAGUGAGGGGAACUCCCUUGACUCUGUGGCCAACGGGGAGACUCAUGACGAGGAACUGCAGAGUCAGUCAAACAGUUCACGCACAAGUAAUUCCAAAAAGGCAAAACAGUUAUCAUCAGACAGGGUGGAAGACCCACUGGAGCUGUCGGCCUCCUGCAAAACUCCAGUGCAGAAACCUCACGAACAGCUGGCCGGAGAUCCUCUGAGCAAAGAUCCAGAUGAUACAGAGGACAUCUGCAUCACAGACUCUUCCCUGGACAGCUCACCCAGUCUUCGUCCCGUCCCUCGAACAAGCUCUACUCCUCACAGGGACUCCGCUCAAAACAACAAUGGUUCCUCAUCAAAAUGGAAAAGACUGUUCCGUGAAGCACAAGAAAGCAAGGAAACCUGGGAUGAUGAAGAGUCACAUUUCCCUUCUACAAGGAACAGUGGAUCAAAUCAGAGCACCAUUUCCAAUUCAGGCCAAAGGAGGAAGAAGUGGACUGAGCGUGAGACGCAGAACUUAAAAGAUGGAGUCAGAAAGUUUGGAGAGGGCAACUGGAAGCAGAUAAGGGCAUAUUACUCCUUCGAUAAUCGAACAAAUGUCAACCUAAAGGACCGAUGGAGAACACUGAAGAAUCAGAAACUGGUCUGACUUGUUAGUUUUGGUCCAUCAAAAGAAUUUUAUUUUCAGAUGAAUGUCAGUUAUUUUCUUUGUUCAAUACCUUUUUUGCACUGUUAAUCACGCUCAAAGUUAAUUCAAUAAAUGUUCAGGUUUCAUAGUUUUAAGACCAAUUGUACCUUUGUUUUUUU